UCGCUCGGGCUGCGGCCUGCGAUUCGCGCCCAUCGCCACGGACGCUCAUUCUUCUGGCAGCGCUUGCCCACAUUCGUUCACAGCCACGCAACCGCCAUGACUAAUCAAGGCGAAGCCAGCGGGUCUUCACUCUCUCAGGCCCGCCGCAGCAGCACCCGCCACACCCACAACCACAAGCAUCAGCACCAGCAUCAACACCUUCACCACCAACACCGUCUCUUGCAUGCGCGCGAGGCCGGCAGCAGUACGUCGCCACACAUUCGUUCAGAACAAAACGGCAAGUUGCACGACCGCCAAGUCGUGAUCGUCCAGACUGUAUCCAUCGUCCAUUACAUCGAUGCUUCGGGCGCAGUCACGAGCAUCGAAACCCUUCGUUCAAGAAGCGCCGAUCCUGUUGCAUCGACAUCGCUCGACCCGCCGGCGACCAUCAGCGCCGGCCUUACCGCUCUGGACAACGUACUGCCCAGCGUGUCUUUCUCCGUUUCAAUAGGUCUCAGCGAUGCCACGCUGCCGACCGACACCUCCGCCGAGCCGGAGACGUCAUCUUCGUCCCCUACGUCGUCUACGUCAUCCGAGACUUUGAGAUCCGAGACUCUUUUGACUUCCACUCCUUUUAGCAGCCUGUCGGCCCUUCCCACGCUAUCCAGCGGGGCGUUCCAUUCUUCACACACAGCGUCAUUCUUUGGCAACUACACCACGGGGCUCUUUUCAAAUUCGACGAGGACCUCAUCUUCAUAUACCACGCUCGCUUCGACUUCGCGUACAGCUUCAACUUUGAUUACGAGCAGCAGCUCUGUUUUGACACCCACAGCGACUUCCGACGACGCUUUCACGAUUGAGUCAGACGGAACCGGAGAUAGUGCAACUGCCGGCCUCGGAUCUCCGGUGACCACCUCGGCCCCCGUGUCACAGACCGCCAAAGCCUCCUCUGGUCUCACACCCCAAACCCGGAACGCCGUUGUUGGAGGGGUCGUUGGCAGUGUUGCUGGCAUCGCGCUCAUUGCACUCGUUUUAUUGUAUCUGUUCAAGUGGAGGAAACAACGUGGCCAGGGCAUCAUGCUCCUCGGCGACGGGGAUAGCAGCGCUCGGGGGAGGGGCUUUUCAUCCGGAGGAGCAGCUAAGCACGGCGGCGGCAGCGGAGGAGCAGGAGCAGGUGCACCAGCAGGUGCAGGGGAAGGAGGCGCGAUGACGGAGCGGUCAGGUCCGUUCGCGUUAGCAUCAUCCGCCCUCUCCAAGCUGAGCGGCGGUAAGCGAGCGAUCGACGCGCCUUGCCAGCCAGCGGCACAGGAGAAGGGAUUCUACAGGGUAUCUGGCAGGAAACUGAUUUCAGUCCUUGAAUCCGGCGGCGACGGCUAUACCGACCCGCCCUAUGACGUCGGCAACUACCGAGACUCGCAGGGUUAUCUGGACGAUCCCAACGCCCCGCCGUUACAGCUAGGAUCUCCGAUGCGGCCGGUGAGCGGCGUCCCCAUCUUCCGAGACGGACCGCAGCGGAGCCCCGUGUGCGAACAGGGACCCUCGCCGGCCGUCCGGCCGCCUUCGACGUAUCCCGCCAUGUUACCGGUACGGGAUGCGCUCGGCCGCAGCCUUGCCUCGCGAGACGGCUCGCGCGUGUCGACUUCCCGGUUCACGGAGCAGACAUGACCCUCGGGCUUUAGACCCGAACAGUCGAUUAUAUUCUACCGUAUAUGCCACAUCAGCUUUAUUCUGUAAUGUCUGGAACCACCGGCGUCAGCGGCGGCGGGGAAGCGGGCUGUCUCUGCAUGGUUGGCAAGCAGCAGCACUGACGCGAUCUUGGGUAAUUUCCCCGUCUGUCUCUUGAAUACACUUUCCAUACCCAAGGCCCAUCUUUCGGAGCUGCGGGUUGCUAUAGAUGUAGAAAC